UACUUCUGUAUUUCUUCCUCAGUUCUGUCACUAAUGUGUUUAUCCUGUAGAGGCUCUAUCCAGCCCCGCCAUUGUCACAGUAUAACUUACUGUGCAGAGGAUGAGGUUUGCUUCGUAGAAAGAGUUGAAUCACUUUAUGGUGUAAGGUACAACACGGGCUGCCUUCAAAGACAAGUUUGUAUAGAACAGAAUCAAACUCUUCACAUACACGGGAGUGAUGACGGUAAUCUCCGCCCACCUACGUGUACAGAAUGUUGUGAUACCGACCUAUGUAACGCUAAAGGAUGCACCGAACCAGGUUACCCUCCACUGAGUAGUAGAGGACCUGUCUGUUUAGCUUGUACUCAGCACUUUGACAGUCAGGAAUGUCGACAAAUAGCUCACUGUAGAGAUUCUGAGUUGUGUUUCAUCAAGGAGGAAUCAGAAUUUGGUGAUAAAGUUUAUUCCUCAGGAUGCAUGCCAUUUCAGCAAUGUAUAAGCAUAGUAUCCAAUAACCACGCUGUGGUGGAUUUAUCGAACAUGCAUCAUCACACAUACUCGACAACAAGAAAAGCAACAACACAUUUACCGACUUCAAGGACAACUAGAACAACACGGUUACCAACAACAAGGACAACUAGAACAACACGUUUACCAACAACAAGAAUAACUAGAACAAAAACACAAAUAACACCAGGGACAACUAGAGCAAUGACAACAAUACUGCCUCCGUGGUCACCUUCACCAAAACCCAUUUUAUCUACCACAACUGAUGCAGAUCCCGUUCCUAUUGUUGGCAAGAGAGAUAACAACAGACAUAAGAGGUUCACAUCUUGUGAACACUGUUGUCGAGGAGAUUUGUGUAAUGAUGUCUGCGUACACUACAGUAAAAUAACUCCAACACCUCACUAUUACACUGGAUCCCCAAGUGGUUGAUGAAGCCUCGACCAUUCCG